CCACAUGAGGUCGUCAUGGUAAACUGUAUAUUGGAUUAUCUGCCUGAGUCCUUAUAUAUUGCCAGGAUGGAGGAUGCAGAAGUACAUAUAUGGGAGAAUGGAUUGUUAGGUGGACUAUGAUCUUACAUCUUGGGCGGGUUCACUCCUUAGUCGCACUGAACGGUCGAUUCCCCCUUUUUUUUCGAGAGUGUUUAAGCAACACCAAUGGCCUUUGUUCAUUUACAGUUAAAAUCAAUGCUAAUUGUGAGCUGUAUCGACUUCGAUUCGGAUUGUUUGAGUUGUGCGCUAUUGUCGCAGAACUAUCAGAGAGUGAAUCUUUUUUUCCCCUACUAUUAAGUGCUAUGGAGCCCCGCGCAAGUAGUCGAUCAAGUCUACGCAACUGGAAUGCCCAAAAGGAAUUGACAGAUGCUUAUAAUAUGGACUCUGAAAACAGGCAGGAGAGAAGGCUAACUCUUGGAGAAAGGGCCAAAGACAUAUGGAACGUUUUCCUGGUAGGCUUCGUGAUGUGGUUUCUUACCGAGAACUUCUAUAUAAUUGGCAUGUUGUUUUUCUUUUUCCCAUUCCGCGUGGGAUAUUAUGGCUUGAGGAACUUAGGCAUGUGCCUAGGUAAAUCGUUAUACGCUUUGACAACUACGAGUUAUAAUGGCUUGAAGAACUCGGUUAGAUAUCUAGGCGAAUCGCUAUACGGCCUACCAAUUGGUACGAGUUAUAACAGGUUAAAGAGCUUGGUUAGAUACCUAGGCGACUCGCUGUAUGCAUUACCAAUUGGCAUGGUUUUUAAUAGGUUGGGGAUCUUGAUUAGAUACCUAGGCGAAUCACUAUACGCCCUGCUAAUCAGUAAAGUUUAUCAUGGCUUAAAAGACCUGGUUGGCAAAUCGCUAUACGCCCUACAAAGCACCUUGGUAUACUUAAUUUCCCUGCCGGGCGCCGGUAUGUUGAUCGGAGUAUUGUACUACUCCCGCAUGCUUCUUCUGAUGAAGACGGGUACAUUGCUUAGGUAUGCGAUCAUGGGGACAACAUUCCUUGUAUCGGGUACUCGCCCUAUGCUCGCAUUCGAGACGGAUACGAUCCAAUGGAAACUUAUAUUCUUCACACAUGUGAUAUGCCUCCAGCUACUCUUCAACGCUGUUUUUGCCCCUCGCUUUCGGGAUGGACCUCCCUAUCUUUGGACGUGGUAAGGGCCUUAUUGCACUAUUCCUCACUGACAUUGCUUUCAUAGAACUCGGCCUAAUGGGGGACCUUUUCAACUCUCG